AUGUCCUCGGACACAACAGAUCAAUGGCAUAUGCCGCUUGGUACAAUGUCCGUUCCGCCUGUAGUGCAGGAUUUUAAUGGUAUGAACUUCGAGUCUCCAUAUUUAUUCGAUGAUCGUAGAUCUCCAGUCGGUGCAAUACCGUCCGGUGAAGGGCAUCAGGCAGUGCGAGAUGUCACAGAGAUGGUAACGAGCACGUCAUCCAGUGUCACCGCCGCUGUCAAAGCUACAGCCAUCACCUCAGUAUUCCUCGACGAAUGCCUCCAUAUGUUCUUUAUCCGCUUUAUUCCCACAUUCCAAAUCCUGCAUCGUGCAACUUUUGUUUUCCGAGAAUGCACGCAUGCUCUCCUCCUCAAUGCCAUCGCCAUCGGCUCGUUGUAUCUAGGCCCUAAGGACUCGGUUGGAAAAGGCGAAGCCUUAUGGCGCUUAGCGCAUGCCGCACUUUCAACUUUAUGGCAGUCACUGAUCACACAGAACGGCCCCUAUGAUGCAUGCAAGGGCGUCCAGUUGAUGAUCACCGCCCUGCUUGGUCAGAUCUAUGGGGCCCUAUCCAAGAACCGAGCAAUUCGAACCACCAGCCAGGUCUUCCAUCCGCUGGGGUUCUUAUGGGCAAGACACUGCGGGAUGUAUGAUAGCGAGCCAUACUCAAGGGACAAUCUCCCCUCGAUCGAUGCCCCUGCUGCAGAAAAAGAACGUCAGUGGCGAAUCUGGUCGGCGCGGGAGAUCCAGCAACGCACCCUGUUAGCCUACUAUGUCCUGGAUGGGCUCGUUGCUCAGAUGUCAAGCGACGGUGCCUCUUCGCGCCAUUUUGCAAACCCACUCACUCUUCCGAGUAGCGAGGAAGCCUUUGAUGCCAGCAAUGCCGAUGAAUGGUUGGCGUAUAUGCUUCACCGGAAGCCCGAUCAGUCCUCAUUCAGGACGAUAUUCCGCUCCCUCUUUCCACCGGUUGGGAGCUUCCGCCCUCUGCAGUACCAGUUCUCUGCCUUCGCAUUGUGUGUGGUUCUAGAAGGGCUCCAGUCUUUGGUCUCCGACUUUGAUGAUCAUGAACUAGCAGUGGGAGUUCCUAGCCAAUCAGAAGUCCGGCGAGCUCUAGCCCAAAUCCACGAGACAGUAUCGAUGAGCAUCCAGUUCAACGCAGCAGAGAGACUCGAAAUCCUCAUGCGUUAG